UCCAUACUGGCUGUCGCAGAGAAGACAGACACAAACUGGACCUCUGUCCUCUGGUCUCCUGGUUUGGAUCUUAACUGACUGAAGACACACAAGGGAGAAGAUGAUCUGCAGCAUCCUGCUGCUCAUCAUCCUGACCUCCUGUGUCUCUGGAACAUUUGUAGUGAAUGUGACCCAGACCUCCUAUCAGGCAGAGGAGAACCACGACAUCACACUGGAGUGGACCUUCACAACCAACCCUCACAGUUCCUCCAACUAUCUGUUUGUCUUCUGUGAACUGUUAACUGAUCUCAGACCCUCAGUCCUGUUUUAUCUCCAUGAAGGAGUUGAGGUCCCAGAGUCUCAGGAUGAACAGUUUGCAGGACGAGUCCAGUGGGACAAAGACGUCCUCAGAGAAGGACAACUCAGACUUCAUGUGUCCAGACUCAGGACUGAAGACUCGGGAAUGUAUGUGUGUAAAGUGCACACAAGUAAUGAGAGUAGCUCUGGUAAAUGUUGGCUCCAUGUCACUGCAGCGAGGGAUCGGCCUGAACCUGAGACACCAAACACAACAAGUCCACCAAACACAACAAGUCCACCAAACACAACAAGUCCACAACAACCAGAGAGUCGGGGAAGGAUCGGUCUCUACUGUGGACUGACGACAGCAGCAGCUCUGCUGGGUUUUGGUUUCUGUUUGUUCAGAAAAGUUCUGCAGAGAGAAGCAGAUUCCCAUUUGGCGAAUAUAACUUACAGAUCAGCAGAUGAUGGAUCAGAGUUAAAUCAUUAACAUCAUUAACUGAUAGAAUGAACUGUUUAUAUCACAGACACAAAGAAAAUACUAGUUUCUCAUUGGCAGCUAAUAUAACAGCAGGUAACCAUAGCAAUGUUGAUGUUUCACACACAUGAAAAUCAGCAAAAUGAACACAAACAACCUGUAGAAGGUGAUGACUGAAACACAUUCAUGAUAUAAAAGUCUAAUUACAGAACUGAUAUACAA